GACCGCGGCAAUGCCACUACAGGAACCUUCACCCGAAAGGGGUUUCCACAAACUGGAGUAUUGCCUGCUUGACUAUAGCAGCCGGCAUCGUCUGGACUUCAUUAGCCGCAAAAAACACAACCAAUUAUUUUCCACGGGAGACAAACAGGAGACUGGAUAAACACAGCAAGCUCUGGAUGAUCCAGUCUUGAAGAAGGUUUGCCUCGAGGGCAGGGAUAUACAUAUCCCUGAUUGUGGAGCUCUGCCUCUUCGAGUAGUCUCUGCUGCCUUAUGGAGCAGCGUGAGAAAUGACUGCACUGAGCAUUACGACAGAGUCCUGGAUUUUGUGAACACCAUCUGGGAACAGGCUGCAGGCCUGGUCACAUACCGACAUUACCUCAAACUCUGCAUCGCGUUCAAAGCCAAGCUGUUGAUGGAGAUGUUUGUGAAACGACGGAAUUUGUUGGAUAUUCUUCAGACUCUUGAGCGAUAUUUCCCCAAAAUAGUUGCAGCGGACCCCCAGGCAGCCCGGAGAGAUGUUUGGAAGGAGCGACAGUGCCGGCUGCAAUUCCGCAAACUGGUUCUACUCUUGGUCCGGGAUGACGUUUACCGGGAACAGUUCCUGCAGGAUGAACUGGAGGAGGAAUUUGGCAGCUUGUUCAUGGCUUCGACUCGGAGACUGCUGUGGGAGUUCCUGGAGAGGUUGGAGAGCAUCCUACCUGAACCAAGGAUUGAUCAACUGCUGGCUGCUGGUGUCAAUGUUGGAAGCCUGUCAUUAACAGAGCAGAGCCUUCUGUCUGUCCUGGCCAGUACCCCCAUGCCUGUCUCUGAUGUGCUGCUAAUGCUAAUGCAGCGACUCCGGGAGCAACAGAACCAGGAUCUAACCAAUGUCGACUGGAGUAACAGUGAGACACUGUUUGGAGUUCCUAUGACCAGCUCCUCAACACACACUGUCCUGAGUGAAGGCUAUUGCAUUGAAGCAGAACAAAUAACUAGGGAACCCCAGGUGAAAGGAGAAGGGAAUAAUUCUCAGCCACCCAGUAGCAAUAUGAAACAUCAGGAAGAGUGUAAAGAGAAGGUUACAGAGCAAGGGCUGGAAUGCCCUGAAAUGGCAGAUGAAGUUGAGGAAACUGUGAACCGGACAGAGAUGGGAGGAAUUGGCAUGAGGUUGUAUAGCCUGAGAAAUGGACAAGGAGCUGCCAUGGAGAGGGAGGACAACAGGGAGCACGCCUCCCCUUUGGCUCAAAGCCAAAGGCUGGCCUUCUCUGCUUUCCAUUUUGACCAGUCGUGUGAUGAAGAGUUUGAAGAUUGUAUGAGGAAGUUGUCUCCUCCCAACCCACUCCAAUCUCAGGUUAACAGCACCAGCCCAGUCCCAGUGUGCCCCUCAAUCCAGACCCAGGCCAAUGAAUCUCUGUCACAAACAAUCAGUUCCAAAAGACUGGGGUUAAAUGCUGAUCUUUGUGCUGGUAAAUCCUACUUCAGCACAUCUUCCCCUGGCCAAGAACAUUGUGGCAACUUGCCUGAUUCAGGAUCACUGUCACUAAACCAGCGUGGACAAAAUGCCAUUGACCUGAAGGCACUAACAGCAGCCCCAAUCUCACUGGAGGUACAAACAUCACUUUUACACUCUCGCCUGUUCCAACCUAAGGUUUUCCUGUUCAGACUAACUGCUGACGAGAAUGACCGAUCAUCGCUAUCCAACAAAUGGAGUUUACGGAGGAACGGUUUGAGUGGAGGUAGGGACCAUUGCCAGUUCAGUGAGGCGGAUAAUUGCACAGGACAUAACUCCGAGCAAAAUCCAUGCACCUUACCAUGGUUGCUCCGUAAAAGACCUCAGCGAGCUCCUGGUGAUCGGAUGCCCCUGUACAACAGCUCCAACAGAAGUCUGUUUUCCAGUGAGGAGUCAUCUCAAUCUGACAAUAGUGACUCUGAAUAUCUCCCCUACUACAGUCAGAUAAAACGUCCAAGCAGAUGGAAUAGAUACCAGAAAAAAAACUCAGUCAGUCAAAUAAUUGGGGCUACAUAAACAGGUCAUUAUAAUAAGUCUUUUAAAAACAAUAAAGGGGAGUUGUGCCACAGUUGUACAAAGCUUUCUGUGCACUGCACCUCUACAAUAUAUUGGCCUUGGAAGGUGUGCAGCAAACAUUCAAGAUACUAAGUCUCCAAAAGUUAGAUUAUGAGGAAGUAUUACUUAAACUAGUCAUUUUUCCCUAGAAUGGAGAAGGUUAAGAGUGUUUUUACUUGGGUAUUUAAUUAAUAGUGUAGUUAAAUAAACUCCUCUGCUGAUGAGGGAGCCUAGGACGAAGGAACAUGUCCCUGAAAUCAAUCUUCACUCAUCAGGAAUGUAGUUAAUGAAUAUUCACGCACAAGGUGGGGAAAUGUGAAAGUUGCUGUCUCAAAACAGUUGGUACUAGCUCAGUUAAUAAUUUUAGAUUUGGUUGUCAAGGACAAUAAGGAAUGUGGAGCAUGACGCAGGAGGAUUGCAGUUAGGAUACAGAUCAGCUGUGACCACACUGAAUUAGUGCAAUGGGCUCAGCAGAUUUGAAUGGGUUUCCCCUGUUCAUGUAAGCCCCUGAAGAAUGAAGAAGCCAUUAUUUUUGUGCUUUAUUUCUCUCCAGCUGGUCACUGGGCUAAGCAGAAAGAAGCUGCAGCCCCAAUGCAGGCGGCACAUUGAGAGGACUGCAGUUUAUAUUGACUGUAAACCAU